AUGGGUUUAGGAGGAGCAAAAUAUGACUCUGUUAGGAUAUCUGCAGCUCUUUGCGCAUGUGCAGACUUACAAGCACUGCAUUAUGGCAAAGUAAUACAUGGAUUCAUGAUUCGAGGAGCAUUUAGCUUAGAUCUUUAUGCUGAGAGCGCAUUGAUAGACAUGUAUGCUAAAUGUAGACACUUAGAAUUAGCAUGUACUGCUUUUGACUUGAUGAAGUGCAAGAUCGAAGUUUCUUGGAAUAGCAUAAUUGCUACUUAUGGGAACCAUGGACACCUUGAGGAUGCUUUGGCUCGACUAAAUGAAAUGAGGGAAAAUGGAUUCCAGCCUGACCAUGUCACUUUCCUCGCCAUAAUAUCUGCUUGUGGCCAUACUGGCCAAGUUGAAGAGGGCAAGCAACUUUUUGAGUGCAUGACCCAAGGAUUUGGAAUUACAGCUCGAAUAGAACACUAUGCAUGCUUAAUAGAUUUGUUUGGCCGAGCAGGUCGUCUUGAAGAAGUACAUCAAGUGAUUAGGAGCAUGCCAUUUACUACAGAUACUGGCAUAUGGGACAUGCUACUCAGAGCCUGCCAUGUCCAUGGCAACGUUGAACUAGUUGAAUUGGCUUCAAAUCAUUUUUUUGACUUGGACUCGCAAAAUUCUGGAUAUUAUAUGCUCCUAUCACAUGUGAAAGCUAACGCUGAAAAGUGGGAAGGGCUUAACAAAGUAAGAAAUAUGAUGAAGGAAAGAGGAGUGCAGAAAGCUCCUGGUUACGACGCAAUCUCGCAACUCAGGAAUACGUGGUUUAACAAUUCUUCAUUCGGGCAGAAGAGACAUUUUGAUGGGAGGUUGAAACCAAACUAUUGUAAAAUUUCUGGAAAAGGCAGCAAGGAGUACAGCAACUGCCACAUGAAGCUGGAAAUUUUGUAUGGUAGUCGUUUAUCCCAAAUCAGCAGAUGUGAGACCAUUGGGUCACUUUGUGAGCGCAGCUGCUGUAGUGCUGAAGAUAUGCUAAAGAGUCCAUUGGAUGAGGGACACCAUGCUAGAUGA